AGAAUCUUCGAGGUUCUUUGUUUACACAAUAUAAACACCACCAAGUUUCUACCGUUUCCCCAUAUCGUCGCAAAAGAUAGAAGGAAAAGCAGCAAGCAAUCCUCUUACGAAGGAACGAAACAACUUCAAUCAAUAAAACAGUGAUUAUCCUUAAUUUUUUGGAGCUUACUGAGGGAAUCGCUUGACAAAAGUACAUUUAUAUCGCAUUUUCAAGCUCAUUUAGGACUUUACGAAAUUUGAUAUUCUAUCAUUUAUAUAACAUUAGAAACUCAAAAUGUCAAACACUGAGACUUUCAAGUUCGAGGCUGAAAUCAGCCAGUUGAUGUCCUUGAUCAUCAACACCGUUUACUCAAACAAGGAAAUUUUCCUUCGUGAAAUCAUUUCCAACUCUUCCGAUGCUUUGGACAAGAUCCGCUAUCAAAGCCUUUCCGAUCCCCAUGCCUUGGACAAUGAGAAGGAAAUGUACAUUCGCAUCACUCCUAACAAGGAAAGCAAGAUUCUUUCCAUCCGUGAUACUGGUAUUGGUAUGACCAAGAAUGACUUGAUCAACAACCUUGGUGUGAUUGCCAAGUCUGGUACCAAGCAAUUCAUGGAGGCUGCUGCUUCUGGUGCUGAUAUUUCUAUGAUUGGUCAAUUCGGUGUCGGUUUCUACUCUGCCUAUUUGGUUGCCGACAAGGUUGAAGUUAUCAGUAAGCACAAUGACGACGAACAAUACAUUUGGGAGUCUUCUGCCGGUGGUAGCUUCAACGUUACUUUGGACACUGAAGGCCCUCGUUUGGGUCGUGGUACCGAAAUUCGUCUUCACAUGAAGGAAGAUCAACUCGCCUAUCUUGAAGAGAAGACCAUCAAGGAUACCGUCAAGAAGCACAGUGAAUUCAUUUCUUACCCCAUUCAACUCGUUGUUACCCGUGAAGUCGAGAAGGAUGUUCCUCAAGAGGAAGAUACCACUGAGGAAGUGAAGGAGGAAGAUGACAAGGCUCCCAAGAUUGAGGAAGUUGAUGACGAAUCCGAGAAGAAGGAAGAGAAGAAGACUAAGAAGGUUAAGGAGACCACCACUGAAAACGAAGAGCUUAACAAGACUAAGCCCAUUUGGACUCGUAACCCUAAUGAAGUUUCUAAGGAAGAAUAUGCUUCUUUCUAUAAGUCUUUGACUAACGACUGGGAAGACCACCUUGCCGUUAAGCACUUCAGCGUUGAGGGUCAAUUGGAGUUCCGUGCUGUUCUCUUCGCCCCUCGUCGUGCCCCCAUGGACUUGUUUGAAGCCAAGAAGAAGAAGACCAACAUCAAGCUUUACGUCCGUCGUGUCUUCAUUACUGACGACUGUGAAGAAUUGAUUCCUGAAUGGUUGAGCUUCAUCAAGGGUGUUGUUGACUCUGAAGAUUUGCCUUUGAACUUGUCUCGUGAAAUGCUUCAACAAAACAAGAUUAUGAAGGUCAUCCGCAAGAACCUUGUCCGUCGCUGCUUAGAUAUGUUCAGUGAAAUUGCUGAAGACAAGGAGAACUUCAAGACUUUCUAUGAAGCUUUCAGCAAGAACUUGAAGCUUGGUAUUCACGAGGAUGCUGCCAACCGUCCUGCUUUGGCCAAGCUCUUGCGUUACAACUCCCUUAACUCCACUGAUGACAUGAUCAGCUUCGAAGAUUAUAUCACUAAGAUGCCUGAACACCAAAAGAACAUUUAUUUCAUCACUGGUGAAUCUAAGCAAGCUGUCGAAAACUCUCCUUUCUUGGAAGUCUUCCGUGCCAAGAAGUUCGAUGUCUUGUUUAUGGUUGACCCUAUUGACGAAUAUGCCGUUACUCAAUUGAAGGAAUUUGAAGGCAAGAAGUUGGUUAACAUCACCAAGGAUGGUCUUGAAUUGGAAGAGACCGACGAGGAGAAGGCCAACCGUGAGAAGCUUGAGAAGGAAUACGAAGAGUUCGCUAAGCAACUCAAGACCAUCUUGGGUGACAAGGUUGAGAAGGUUACCGUUUCUAACAAGAUUGUUGGCUCUCCUUGCUUGUUGACUACUGGUCAAUAUGGUUGGUCUGCCAACAUGGAGCGUAUCAUGAAGGCUCAAGCUCUCCGUGAUACCUCUAUGAGUGCUUACAUGUCUAGCAAGAAGACCUUUGAAAUCAACCCUAAGUCUGCUAUCAUUGCUGAACUUAAGAAGAAGGUUGAUGAAAGUGGUACCGAAGACCGUUCUGUUAAGGACUUGGCUACUAUCUUGUUUGAGACUGCCCUCUUGUCUUCUGGUUUCUCUUUAGACGAUCCUAGUGCCUAUGCUGGUCGCAUCAACCGUCUCAUUUCUCUUGGUCUUAGCAUUGAUGAGGAAGAAGUUCCUGUUGCUGAGCAAACUGCUGAGCCUACCAAGGAGGAAGCUGUUGAAAGCAAGAUGGAAGAGGUUGACUAAAUCAACUAAAACAGUCUGAAGUUUGUCAAGUUAUCUAUGCAUCAUGUCUUUUGGAAGUACACGACUUUGCAGUAUAGCAGGUAUUGUAUGGUUUAAUAAUUUCGUCUAAAAAGCUCCUUUUCAUGAAUUAUUUAAUUAGAGACUGGAUAAUAGAAAAGAGUCUUUUCAUAUUAUUUAAUGGUUUAUUGUCUACUAUUUGAGUUGUAGGUAUUUGAUUGUUUGUAUCAUUAUUUGUGGGUAGUAGUAGGUAGUGAG